AUGGGAAUUGAACAGUACAAGGACGUUGAAAGUGGAGAAGCAGUCAAUGGGCUUCAGGAUUUGCAACAACCUUUCAUCCAACAAGGACACAAAACAGCAGCUUCAGAAUGUAGAGAUGGUGAAGCUGACAAAAGGGUUGAAAAUGGAUCCAUUGCGAUGGUUUUACUCAGCACCUUUGUGGCUGUUUGUGGUUCCCUCUCUUUUGGAACUUGUGUUGGGUAUUCAGCACCCACUCAAGCGGCUAUCAGAGCAGAUCUUAAACUUUCCCUUGCUGAGUAUUCCAUGUUUGGUUCUUUGGUAACCAUUGGAGCAAUGCUGGGGGCUGUAACUAGUGGCCGGGUUGCAGACUUCAUGGGCAGGAAAGGGGCAAUGAGAAUGUCAUCAGGCUUUUGCAUCACUGGAUGGUUAGCUAUCUUCUUCUCAAAGGGUUCUUUCUCACUUGACCUGGGAAGAUUUUUCACGGGUUAUGGAAUCGGAGUUAUCUCAUAUGUGGUUCCUGUAUAUAUAGCAGAAAUCGCACCCAAAAACCUUCGAGGAGGGCUUGCAACAACAAACCAGCUUAUGAUUGUUAUUGGAUCAUCAAUCUCAUUCUUAAUGGGAAGUAUAGUAACUUGGAGGACACUGGCCCUAUCUGGGCUCAUGCCGCUCAUUUCCUUGUUGAUUGGUCUGUGCUUUAUCCCAGAGUCACCCAGAUGGCUGGCAAAGGUUGGUCGUGAAAAAGACUUUCUAGCAGCUUUAGGCAGACUUCGUGGCAAAGAUACUGACAUCUCUGAGGAAGCUGCUGAAAUUCAGGAUUAUAUUGCAACUCUUGAAAGCCUUCCCAAAGCCCAGUUUCUGGAUUUGUUCCAAGGCAAACAUGUCCGCUCAGUAGUUAUUGGGGUUGGAAUAAUGGUUUGUCAACAAUCUGUGGGAAUCAAUGGUAUAGGAUUCUAUGCAGCUGAGACAUUUGUUGCUGCUGGACUUUCUUCAUCCAACAUUGGUACCAUAGGCUAUGCUUGUAUACAGAUUCCAAUCACUCUAUUGGGAGCCAUUUUGAUGGACAAGUCAGGAAGAAGACCUCUUAUAAUGGUUUCUGCAAGUGGGACAUUCCUAGGAUGCUUUAUCACUGGAAUUGCGUUCCUUCUCAAAGGACAGAGUUUACUGCUUGAGUGGGUACCAAUGUUAGCUGUUGCUGGAGUGCUGAUCUAUAUUGCAGCAUUUUCAAUUGGAAUGGGAUCGGUGCCUUGGGUGAUUAUGUCUGAGAUAUUUCCCAUAAAUGUGAAGGGAAUUGCUGGAAGCUUGGUGGUUUUGGUGACCUGGUUAGGAGCUUGGAUAGUUUCAUACACUUACAACUUUCUCAUGAGUUGGAAUGCUCCUGGUACUUUAUUCUUGUAUGCUGGAUGUUCCCUGGUGACCAUUCUGUUUGUGGCGAAGUUUGUCCCAGAAACAAAAGGGAAAACACUAGAAGAGAUUCAGGCAUCCAUCAAUUCAUAGGCCCAACUGCUCUUAAUAAUACCGUGAUAGUCUCAUCAUCUAUCAAAUUCUUUGAAAUCCAUUUGAAUUAAUGGAUGGGAUUGCCAAGAAAGAAGGCUUUCCGUACAAGAUCCCAUGGCUUGAGGGGUGUGAUACAAAUGUAUCCACCAUAUUACAAGUCAUUGUUGAUAUGUGUUAAAUGUUGCAAGCUCUCUAUGAGCCAAUUUUCCAUAGAAUUUUUAUUAAUU